GAAGCACACUCGCCAUCCCGCACGCACUCACGCAACAGCAUACGAGGAAAUUUUCAUACUUGUUAGCUGUGAAAAGUAUUUAGCAGAAAUAGUUUUGGGAAAUUAAACAUUUCGAGGCUAUUUCGGCGCUACCAACGAUCGUUCGCGGUAACCUCGACACCCAACAGCAGCACUAGUGCACCAGAUCCACACUUUCGCACGCAAACAUGGGCGACGUGAUGAAUAUCGACAGCAUAAUAUCGCGACUUCUCGAAGUGCGUGGGGCACGGCCAGGUAAAAACGUACAGCUCUCCGAGGGCGAGAUCCGGGGACUCUGCUUGAAGUCGCGCGAGAUCUUCCUGUCGCAGCCCAUUCUGCUCGAGCUGGAGGCACCGCUGAAGAUUUGCGGCGACAUCCAUGGACAGUACUACGAUCUGUUGCGUCUGUUCGAGUACGGCGGCUUUCCGCCGGAAUCGAAUUACCUGUUUCUCGGCGACUACGUCGAUCGCGGCAAGCAGUCGCUGGAAACGAUCUGCCUGCUGCUCGCCUACAAGAUCAAAUACUCGGAGAAUUUCUUCCUGCUGCGCGGCAACCACGAAUGCGCCAGCAUCAAUCGCAUAUACGGAUUCUACGACGAAUGCAAGCGUCGCUACAGCAUCAAGUUGUGGAAGACAUUCACUGACUGCUUCAACUGCCUGCCGGUGGCAGCCAUUGUCGAUGAGAAGAUCUUCUGCUGCCACGGCGGCCUCAGUCCCGAUUUGACCUCGAUGGAGCAGAUCCGUCGCAUUAUGCGGCCCACCGAUGUGCCCGACCAGGGACUGCUGUGCGAUCUCCUGUGGUCCGAUCCCGAUAAGGACACCAUGGGCUGGGGCGAAAACGACCGCGGCGUUAGCUUCACCUUCGGUGCCGAGGUGGUGGCCAAGUUUUUGCAGAAGCACGAGUUCGAUCUCAUCUGCCGAGCCCAUCAGGUCGUUGAGGAUGGGUACGAGUUCUUUGCCAAACGCAUGCUGGUCACCCUGUUCUCGGCGCCCAACUACUGCGGCGAGUUCGACAAUGCCGGCGCCAUGAUGUCCGUGGACGACACGCUGAUGUGCUCGUUCCAAAUCCUCAAGCCAGCUGACAAGCGUAAAAAGUAAUAUCACACAACUGCAGCACCGCGAGCAGUCUUUUUCUAUCUAAAACAGAUCAAUAAGAAAUCCAAACAAGAUACAAAAGAAAAACACGACAAAAACAACCACAAACCCAACCACACAACCAGCCAGAAAUAAAAUCCUUUGAAACAACACAUCAAAUGAUGCAUGAAACCCGGGGCGAGUCGAAAUUCACCAGAAAAUCCACCAGCAAUUCGGAAUGGAAUAGCAGCGCCACGAUCAAAGGACAUCCCCUGCGACAUCCCUUCCAGCAGAUGACUGCAGUUUUCCCCUUCCACCCCACACCCAUUGAGAUUUAAAUCGCAAUUACAAACACAUUGACAAAUACCAUGAUUAAAGCCACAUAUUUAUUUGUAAUAGCCCCCGUA